AUGGCCCCCGGUGAAGAGCAGCAGCAGCAGCAGCGAACCCGUGAUGCUUCCUCCCGAGGAUAUUCAGUAGCCGCCGACAUUCCCAACAUGUCCGCCGACUCGACAACGGUUGUGGUACCCGCACCCGCACCCGCACCCGCACCCGCACCUGCAGGCUCCGAGACAUCCAAGACAGACGCCCACCAUGACUCCAUGGUGACUGUCAGGCUUUCCGAGCCACUGACUAUGUCCAUCGACACCCCCGACAGUCCCACGUCGUGUGACGGGCCCCUUCUAGCUGGUGCCGCCGCCAUCAUUGCUGUUCCUGGGUCAGAUGCCUCCGACGACGGCAGCAGCAACAAUGAUCAGGAGGUGGAGGAGCAGAAGCAGCCGCAGCUUGUCAGGGAAGACGAUACCGCUUCCGCGCUGGCUGCCAAGACCAGGACCUCGGCCACGUCAACCGUCGCACCCGGUACGAGCCGCACACUGCAAGACGAGCUGCACGACAGGGAAGACGAGAGCGAUGAUGACGACGUGAACGGAGAUGAGGACGACGACGCAGAAGAAGUGAAUUGGGAAAAGUUGGAACAGACGGAAGACGCGCAGACCAAGGACGACGAUACGGACGAUUCCACGACCCUUCUUCUCCAGCGGCUGGAGCAGGAGAAUGCAAAGCUAGCACACAAUCCCAAGACGGCCAGGGUAAGAGCCGCCGAACAGCAAGCCGCCGCCGCCGCAGCAGCAGCUAGAGCAGCAAAGACGGCCUCGUCAUCGACAACGUCGACGGUAUCGAAGCCACGGAUCCCCUCCAUGGCCCAGCUACGGCAGAUGGUCCGCGGACCCGCGCCGCCCAAUCUGCGGUACUCGAUGAUCCCGCCGCCGCCCAUGACCGACCUCGAGUUCUGGGGUGCUCUCGUCAAGGACUACCAGCAGACGGCUGCCCGCCUCCCGACGCUGCUGUCCAGGAAGAUCCACAAGGGUAUCCCGCCGCCGCUGCGGGGUGUCGUCUGGCAGAGCAUGUCCGGUGCCCGCGAUGGUGUCCUCGAGGAGCAGUACGAUCGACUCAGUGGAGAGUCUAGCCCGUACGAGCCGCUUAUCGGCAAGGACCUGGGCCGCAGCUUCCCCGGCGUCGAGAUGUUUCGUGACCCCGAGGGCGACGGGCAGCGUAUGCUCGGGCGCGUCCUCAAGGCCUUUAGCCUCUACGACACUAAGAUUGGCUACUGCCAGGGUCUCGCCUUUCUUGUCGGCCCUCUGCUCAUGCACAUGCCCGACAAGCAGGCAUUCUGCGUCCUUGUUCGGUUGAUGGAGCGUUACGACCUGCGUACGUGCUUCUUGCCGGACCUGUCCGGACUCCACGUCCGUAUCUUCCAGUUCCGCGAGCUCCUCAAGAGCAAUCUCCCCGCGCUGUCAGCCCACUUUGAUGAGCUGCAGGUCGACCCAGCCUACGUUUCGCAGUGGUUCCUCAGCUUCUUCGCCGUUACCUGCCCCCUGCCGAUGCUCUUCCGCAUCUACGACGUCGUCUUUGCGGAGGGCGCUUCGGAGACGCUCAUGCGUGUCGCCCUCUCCCUGAUGAGGAAGAAUGAGUCGCGCCUGCUGGCGUCUGCCGAGCUCGAGGACGUGAUGCAGCUGCUCCUGUCGCGGGGCCUCUGGGACUGCUACCACUACGACGCCGACGUCUUUGUCGAGGACUUUGUCAGUCUGACGAGCGAGGUCUCGCGAGAGAACCUGUCUCAGCUCGAGCGGGGCUAUCGCGAGUCUCUGAUCGCCGUCGCCAACACGCGUGCAUCCGACAUCUCGAGGGCAGCCGCCCGCUUCCUCGGACGUAUCUGGCCUACGUCGACAGCCACAGCCAGGCAGCCGUCGACGCUGAGUCCCGGCCCCACGGCAUCGCCGAAGCCGCUCGGACCGCUCCGACGGAGCACGUCGAAGCAGAGCCUCGCGUCGACGCUCAACUCCGUCGAGGCAAGCUCGGCCAGCGUGGCCAGCUCAGCCUCGACAGACGCGUCUACCGUAUCGAGGGACUCGUCCAACGCCGAGGACGAAUCGUGCAGCCGCGAAUCAACGCCCGUCAGACCCAAGGGGGCGGCCGUCAGCGGCAGCAAGGCCAUGGGCGACCGUUACCUCCACAGCCAGAUUGAGGAUCUGCUCACGGCCAUGAGCGAGCUGCAGCGUAACCAAGCUGCGCUGGCGAAUCAGCUUCAGCGGGAGCGCGAGGAGCGCGAGGAAGACCACCGAGCUGUCCGGCCUCUCCUGGAUGCUCUCACGAAGAGGAAGGAGACGAAGCCGUGCACAGGUUCGGACUCCAUCGAAGAGGCAGAUGAAGACGAGGACGAGCGGGAGAGGAGAGACGAAGGUGAGAAGGAGGAAGAGGGGAAAGAGGUGGGAGACGUGGGAGACGUGUGGUCAGAUAUCCCCGAGCUCGUCAGCCAAGCAGAGGCGCGGUUCAAGCAGGACGCUAAGGAUCGGCGUUCGUCGAUCCAGCUACAGUCCAAGGCGGAGCUACGGGAAGAGCUGGCGCAGGUCAAGGACCAGCUGGCCAAUUCGAUGGCGCUGUCGCAGGAUUUCAACCGCAAGGUGCACGAGCUGGACACUGAGGUGUCGAGCCUGAAGGAGCAGCUGCGCGAGAGCCACGCGCAUAUGCGCAACAUGAACCAGGACCGCCAGCGUCUGGAGAAGAAGAUGCAGGCGAUGCGGGCGCAGAUCGAUGGCGGGUCCCCGCGCGAUCAAGGGUCCCCCUCGAGCAUCUCGGGAGGGCUGCGGGAGCUCAAGCUGGCGCGCAGCAAAUCGAGCCCGUCGCAGGCGGUCCCCAGCAACUUUGGCAAGCGGCUCUCGUCGCUCACCGCGCGCCGCGAAUCAGCCAUCUCGAUGAACUCCGUCGGCACGGGCGCGAGCCUCGUGGGUGGCAGCGGUGGCAUCAGCGCCAGCAGCAGCGGCGAGCUCAUGGUGCCGGGCAUCAGCGACCACGAGGCCCUGCUCUUGGAGCUGGCACAGUGCAAGACGGCCGAGGCGGUGGCGCGGCAGGACGCAGAGGAGUCUCGGCAGAAGCUCGAGUCGCUCCGGAAGGCGUACGGUCUGGGGCCGGGCGACGCGCCGCUGCCGCCGCACGCCGAGUCGGGAGCCAUGACGGCCAUGGCGCUGUUUGGCAGAUUGACGGGCCAUUCGGCCACGUCGUCGACCCCCGCUACUGCCAAUGGUGGUGCUCCUGCUUCUUCGACCAUGGCAACAUUGACACCUGCGACUACGACGGGUGAGACCGGUGGUGGAUUUUGGGGGUGGAGGAGGUAA